GCCAAGCGCCCAGCGUGGAGCAGACAUGACCUCGCGCAGGUGGUUUCACCCCAACAUCAGUGGAGUUGAGGCAGAGAGGCUGCUCCUGUCCAGGGGCCAGCACGGGAGCUUCCUGGCAAGACCCAGCAAGAGCCGCCCAGGGGCCUUCACGCUGUCUGUCAGGCGCCAUGAUGAGGUGACACACAAGAUCCAAAACACGGGCGACUACUAUGGCCUCUACGGAGGGGAGAAGUUUGCGACGCUGGCCGAGCUGGUGCAGCACCACACAGGCCAGCACGGGGGGCUGCUCCGCGAGCGUAGCGGGGCCCCCGUCGAGCUCCGGCACCCACUGGGCUGCCGGGACCCCACAUCUGAGCGGUGGUACCAUGGGCACCUGUCUGGACAGGAGGCCGAGCAGCUGCUGAUGGAAAAAGGACGUCCGGGCACCUUCCUGGUGCGGGAGAGUCGGAGCAAACCCGGGGACUUCGUGCUGUCGGUGCUCACGCAGCCGCUAGACAAGGCAGACCGCCGGCCGCGGGUCACACACAUCAUGAUCCGCUUCCAGCCAGACGGCACGUAUGACGUGGGAGGUGGGGAACGGUUCGACACUCUCAGAGACCUGGUGGAGUGCUACAAGAAGAACCCCAUGGUGGAGAAGUCGGGGGUCGUGGUGCACCUCAAGCAGCCCCUCAAGGCCACGAGGAUCAAUGCCGCAAGCAUCGAGAGCCGAGUACAGGAGCUCACCGGGGCCACUGACGCCGGCGAGAAGGCCAAGCAGGGCUUCUGGGAGGAGUUUGAGAUGCUGCAGCAGCAGGAAUGCCAGCUCCUGUAUCCCCGGAAGGAGGGACAGCGGCUGGAGAACAAAGCCAAGAAUCGCUACAAGAACAUCCUUCCAUUUGAUACCACCCGUGUCACCCUGCAUGACGUGGACGACAGCGUGCCUGGAGCCAACUACAUCAACGCCAACUACAUCAGGAGUGAUCCAGAAGAGAAGCCAGGCCAUGGACAGGGCAAGGUAUACAUCGCUACCCAGGGCUGUCUGCAGACCACAGUGGCUGCCUUCUGGGCGAUGGUGCACCAGGAGAACACACGUGUCAUUGUCAUGGCCACAAGGGAGGUGGAGCGAGGCCGGAACAAAUGUUUCCGAUAUUGGCCAGAGCUGCAUGGCCGCCAAGAACAUGGCCGUGUGUGUGUCUGCAACUUGGCUGAGUACCAGGCCCAGGGCUACUGUGUGCGGGAACUGCAGGUGUGGCGGCCAGAUCAGGGGGAGCCACCGCGCACAGUGAAGCACUACCAGUACUUCAGCUGGCCAGACCACGGGGUCCCGGCGGAGCCGGCCGGCGUCCUCGACUUCCUGGACCAAGUGAACAGGGCACAGAGCAGCAUGCCAGGGGCCGGACCCAUGGUGGUGCAUUGCAGCGCCGGCAUCGGACGCACUGGCACCAUCAUCGUGAUUGACAUCCUGGUGGAAAUCAUCCGCAGGCAGGGUCUGGACUGCGACAUCGAUGUGCCCAAGACGAUCCAGCUGGUGCGACGGCAGCGCUCGGGGAUGGUGCAGACCGAGGCGCAGUACAAGUUCGUGUACCUGGCGCUGCAGCGGUACAUCCAGGACGAGCAGCUGCGUCUGCGCGAGCAGCCGCCAGAAGAGCACGACCAUCUGAACGCGGGCCUCGCGUCGGCAGACCCGGGCCGCAGCCCUGGGCCCGCGUCGUCCCGGGCACCGGCGGCGACCCCAGAGGGCCCCGGCGGCGUGUAGAGAACCUGCGGGGCCUCGGGCGGUGACGGUCUUCGCGUGCGCCGCCCCCCACCCCCACCCCCCCAGGGCCUGGAGCCGCGGCUGGAGGCGGGAGCCAGCAAGACGCACUCCUCAAAAGACUGUGCUCAGCACUGUACAGCCCGGAGCUUGUCCCUGAGUGCUGGGGGAGGGGUCCCGGAACCCUCAGACCCUCCCUGGCCUGGGCCUGGAUGCCUAGAAAUGGGGAGGGGCAGUCGGGAGCCCCGAGUGCCCCUGCCCUUUCUGGGGCUCCCAGGUGAGGGAAGAGGGGGAAGCAGGGCUUCAGGGCGGUGGUUCGUCGCUCACCGGGGGGCCACCAGUCACCACCCGCACGGCACAGUGACCAGUGCGACCCCACGUGUGCCACGUUUGAGUGUCGGCCUGUAUGUGUGACGUGAGUCAGCGACGAGCAAGUGGCCAGUCUGUGCUUGACGGGACUGUAGCCGUUGGCGUUGUGCCUAGCUCCCCUGUACCCCAACCACCCCCCUUCAGAGCUGGUCUUCAGCCCGACCCACAGCACAGGUUACAUGUGGAAAAUGCUUCAUCAGGGAAUGUGCGAGAUGCCCGUGUGAGUGCGUGUGCGACGUCACGUGCCUGGCGUGGGUCUCACGCGUGGACUGGUGUGUGUGACGGGUGUGAUGUCGCCCGCAUGUAGUCUGUGGCCACACCCUCCCAUCUCGGAAGGCCCUGUGGCUUUGUGGGAUCCUCAAUAAAAUGCCUCGUUCUCA